GUACCGAUACCCAGUAAGUUGCUUUUGAUUUUAAAAGCCCAAAAUUGACCCCGACAUUCACCUCCUUCUCUCUCUUUGAUCUUGCUCCAUCGUCAGCUCCCUAUUUACUGACAAGUUUCAGAUCUUCGAUUCCACCCAGAAUAUGGCUUCAUUCUCUGUUUAUCGAGACUCAUGCCCAUUAGUGAAGAACAUACUUCUUCUUGAUUCCGAAGGGAAGAGGGUAGCUGUCAAGUAUUAUUCGGAUGAAUGGGCUACGAAUGCAGCGAAAUUGGCGUAUGAGAAAUCCGUGUUUACCAAAACCCAGAAGACAAAUGCCAGGACAGAAGCUGAGAUAACUAUGUUUGACAGCAACAUUGUAAUCUAUAAGUUCGUCCAAGACCUCCACUUCUUUGUGACUGGAGGUGAUGAUGAAAAUGAACUCAUUUUGGAUGCUGUUCUUCAAGGUUUCUAUGAUGCUGUUACCCUUUUACUGAGGAACAAGGUUGAUAAAAGUGAGGCCCUUGAGAACUUGGAUCUUAUACUUCUAUGCCUUGAUGAGAUAGUCGACAGAGGGAUGAUUCUUGAGACAGAUGGUAAUGUCAUUGCUAGUAAAGUUGCUACCAGUAGCGUUGAUCCUGCUGCACCCUUAUCUGAGCAGACUAUAUCUCAGGCACUGGCUUUGGCUCGUGAGCACUUGACAAGAUCUCUUUUGAGCUAAUCUGGUUCAACGAAUGAAUUGUGUCACUGACAAAUUGUUGCGGCUUUUGUUUUGUGGCUGAUUUUCUAGCUAAUAGCACAUUUAAGCACUUUGUUGGAAGAGUUCAUUUUUCUUAGUGAAACCUCUAAAACCAUUGAUUUGUUAGCGAGAAGUAUAAUCGUCGAUGUACUAUUGUGUAUAACUCCUUAAAUAUAAAGUAUUAUGUCUUGUUUACACCAAUAA